GCUGACGUUCCUCCAGAUCACUGAUGAAAAUGUUGAAUUGUGUCAGGAUAGUUCCAAUUCCUGAGAGCGCUACUGAAAACUCCCCCAUUGGAUGAUGAUUCCGCCACGAUGACUGCUUUGAGCUGUUAGAGACACUAAGAUAUUUCUCAUGGGCCAGCUAUCAAGAAACACCCUGCUGUGCUGUGGUGUGGCGAAUGAAGGCAUUUUCAACCAUAAACAAGGUUUUUCCACCAUGUUUGGGAAAAAAAAGAAAAGGCUUGAAAUUUCUGGACCAUCAAAUUUUGAGCACCGGGUUCACACUGGAUUUGAUCACAGAGAACAAAAAUUUACAGGACUACCUCAACAGUGGCACAGCUUGCUAGCAGACACGGCAAACAGGCCGAAGCCUAUGGUGGACCCUUCAUGUAUCACGCCCAUCCAGCUUGCUCCCAUGAAGACUAUCGUUAGAGGAAAUAAACCUCCAAAGGAUACUUCAAUCAAUGGCCUGCUAGAAGAAUUUGACAAUAUCUCAGUGACACGCUCCAAUUCCCUACGGAAGGAAAGUCCUCCCACACCACACCAAGGAAACUCAAACCAUGUACAAAGCCACCAGGAAGAAAAUGGUUAUAUCACAUAUUCUCAGUAUUCCAGUGAGUCGGACACCACGACGGACUACGUCACUGAGAAAUACAGAGACAAGAGCCUUUACGAGGACGAGUUGGACAGAUACUGCCAAGGUAGCUUCACUCCAAAACAAAAUGGACACACAAUGAAAACAAAACCUAGAGAUGCCUAUUAUUCAGAUUUUAAACCCCUGAAGUCAGACAUUUCAAGGUUCCUUCCAGAUUAUCAUACACAUAUGGACACACAAAGCAAACCAAUUGAAUACAGUGGACUCGUGUUGGAAUAUCAGAGGAUUCCUAGUGGAUCCUUUCUAGACUACAGAGAGCCCUUUCACUACUCUCUGUCUAGAACUUCAGUGCCCAGUGAAUGCUCAAAAGAGAGACUGGAAUACAGUGACAGCGACUGGGGAAAUGGACCAGACAAAGAUGACUAUGACAAAAGACCAAAGUCGUCAUAUGUAAAUCAGACAAGUCCUCAGCCAACCAUGAGACAGAGAUCCAGAUCAGGCUCGGGUCUUCAGGAACCAGUUGUGCCAUACGGAGCAAGUGUUUUUAAAGCAAAUCAGCAAGGACAUUCAUAUAGUUCCUACACCUACCCUCGCUUGUCAGAAACUGCAGCAGGCAUUCCAAAGGUGGAUUAUGAUCGAGCACAGAUGGUAGUUAGCCCACCACUGUCUGGAUCUGAUACCUAUCCCAGAGGCCCGACAAAGCUACCUCAAAGUCAAAGCAAAGUUAGCUGUUCAGGUAGUAGCUUCCAGUAUCCUUCCAUCUAUCACAAAGCUUCUCAUUAUCACCAGCCUGCCCUGCAGCCAAGCUCCCAUUACAUUUCCACGGCUUCUUACCCAAGUUCCCCAAGUGUCACAUCAAGUGCUUAUCCCCCACCUAGCUGGGGUUCGUCCUCAGAUCAGCAGCCUUCCAGGGUGUCACAUGAACAGUUCAGAGCUGCUCUCCAACUCGUCGUCAGCCCCGGCGACCCUCGGGAAUACUUGGACAACUUUAUCAAAAUAGGAGAAGGCUCCACCGGGAUCGUUUGCAUUGCCUCUGAGAAGCACACCGGAAAGCAAGUCGCAGUGAAGAAAAUGGAUCUCAGGAAACAACAGAGAAGAGAGCUGCUCUUCAAUGAGGUUGUAAUAAUGAGGGAUUACCACCAUGAAAAUGUGGUUGACAUGUACAAUAGUUAUCUCGUGGGCGAUGAACUGUGGGUUGUUAUGGAGUUUCUGGAAGGUGGUGCUUUGACAGACAUCGUGACUCAUACGAGAAUGAAUGAAGAGCAGAUAGCUACAGUUUGUCUGUCUGUCCUGAGAGCAUUGUCCUACCUGCACACUCAAGGGGUUAUUCACCGCGAUAUAAAAAGUGACUCUAUACUUCUGACCAGCGACGGAAGGAUAAAAUUAUCAGAUUUCGGGUUCUGUGCCCAAGUUUCCAAGGAAGUUCCAAAAAGGAAAUCUCUCGUUGGAACGCCAUACUGGAUGGCACCAGAAGUGAUCUCCAGAUUGCCGUAUGGAACCGAGGUGGAUAUCUGGUCACUGGGCAUCAUGGUAAUAGAAAUGAUAGAUGGAGAACCGCCUUAUUUCAAUGAGCCACCACUCCAAGCAAUGCGCAGAAUCCGAGAUAACUUACCUCCACGAGUGAAGGACAUGCAUAAGGUUUCCUCAGUGCUCCGUGGGUUCUUAGAUCUGAUGUUGGUGAGGGAGCCCUCUGAGAGAGCAACAGCACAAGAACUAUUAAGGCAUCCAUUUCUGAAACUGGCAGGCCCGCCAUCUUGUAUUGUCCCACUCAUGAGGCAAUACAGGCACCGCUGAAUUCAGUGACUUUUCAGGGGAAGGCUUGAACAAACGUUGGAUAAAGACUUGCCAAGGCAUCCAGAGAUUGUGUGGAACCCAUGGGAAAGUACAACACUACAUAAAUUCAUCAGAGUCUCAGAACAGCUCUCUGGAAAUAAUACAGUGUACAAAAUAAUGAGGCACUCUCCUGGGUUGUGAAGGAUUUGCGCCUGUUCUUUGCCACUAAAUCGAACAGUCAGAUGGCUACUAGCACUGUCACAUGGAGCACAUUUUCCACUGGUAGUCAUCACUUAACAUUUCAGCCACGAAAGCAGAAGGACUUAAUUACAGAUUUGGUUGUGGUGAGGGAAAAAAUAAUAGAUUAUAGCACAAUGAGGCUGAAACACCAGAAUUUUAUUGAAAAAAGUAAACUAUGUGACACUUCUAUUUGAGAAGACUCCUUUUCUGGCAAAAAGCACUUUUUAUCUCAAUCUUAGCAGUGUAAUGUAUUUUGAAAUGAAUUUGUAAUUUUCUGUACAGUACUUUUUGAUAAUUUACAGUACUUGGAUGUCAUGUACCCAUCGUGCUAGCUGAAGUAAUAAGAGUAACUUAGCAAGAGUUUGAACAAAAUCUUUCCUACUUUUUUAACCCUUUUGAAGGAAGGAAAAAAAUAUUUAGGAACUUAGAAUGUUGGCAGAUUUUCCAGGAGUUUAAAUAGCAGACACAGAGAUGGGUGCAGACAAUACUGAUACUUUUCCCAUCGUACCACUGAGGUUGUAGUUUUAAAAUUUGACCUUUUCUGCACUCUUCCUAGAUCUGAUGCGACAAUUGCAGUCGCACAAUAGAAAUAAGUGCUUAUGUUGAAUGUUAUAAAUUGAGGUUUUUCUUCAUAUUAUUGUUUUCAAAGCCAUGCAUUUUAGCACACUAAGCUCACAUGCAUUUCUUUAAGAAAUGAUUAAUGAGAGAGAAUCAUUUACUAGCAAUACGGCAAAUUUUUCAUUUAGCCUGUAUUGACCUCAUUGUCACAAAAUAAUCCCCAGUAUUUAUAUCAUGUGUCAGAAGUCAAAAUUGACGAUAGAGGUCUAGUUACCAAGCGGGUAUUUUCCAGAUUUCAAACAGACUGUUGUAUUAAUGUUAUGGUGUGUUUUCUAUAUAGAAAAAGUUGUGCUGCUGUCUAGACCUUUUUGAAUGUUGAUAGAACAGUUGACUACUACAGUAAAUUUUGUGUUGCUUGUUGGAUGAACUUGCAUGUUAAUUGUAGGCCUAAGUAGAUUUGCCUUCAAAAAUUUUAGGUGUGUCAUGAUUAUUUCCAUCACAAAUACAUUUUAUUGAUUAAUUAUUAGUUCAUUAUAAUUAUGCCUAAUGCAAAAGCGAUGUCUUUUCCAAAUCAUUUUUUCUUGCUGACCUCACUUUGCAAUACGAUGAACACAAAUAAUCCAGUUUUGUGAAAACCUGCCAAUUAGUUUAUUUUGUAUGUGAUUUUUGUUGUGAAUAAGUUGUUCAUUAUUUAUUGCAGUAAAAUAUAAACAAAACAUACAGCACUGGCAUGAUGCUGUUCUGAACUUGCUGUUCUGAACUUUCUGAGUUUUCUUCUCGGAAAGAGAUUUUGCCAAUGGCAAAAAAGAGCCUUCAUUUUCUACCAUUAAGAAGUUAGAGCAAACAAACAAACAAAAACUAAAUCAAACAAGAAUGUCAAAUGUUUAGUGAAUUCACUUAAAUUUGCAUAUCCUAUGACCUGUUACUUUCUUACCUUACCAUUAAGUUCGCAUACUGUAACUUUGCAAAAUAUACCCGGUCCUGUGCAGUCCUGCGUUCUAUAGUUCUCUUUGAAGUUGGUGGGAACUGAGGACAGCUGACACCUCAAAGAAACUCCUGGGACCUAGAUGUGCACUCUUUAUUACAGUGAAGAGGAUCUCCUAUGAGGCGGGCUCAGAUUGCUGGACUGUAUCUAAAGAGAACAUGCCACAACCCUAGUGUUGCCAAGCAACUGUUAGCCAAUAACAGCCUUCCUUGACUGGGGAGUUCUAGUUUUAUUCCCAACAUUUCUUAAAUACUAUGAGGGUAAAGAUUACCGUUUACCGCAUUCCCCUGCCAUUUGCAAUGGCAGUUUUCCCUGAAUCUCACCCACAGAAUCUUUGUGUCUAAGAGCCUAUGAAAAUAAGUCUACAAAAAGAGAAAAUGCACAUAUUCUGUGGUCUUGACAACUCAGGAAAAAUACCACAUCAGUAAAGACAAUAACGUACAAUUAAAAGCAUUCUAUUAGCCACAAAAAUCAAACUUUUAAUAACUUUUGAAUAAAAUAGUGGAUCUGAGAUUCAGCACGCUUUAACAGGACAAGUGGAGAAUUUUGUGUAAUUUUCUAAUCUCAAGCUAUUUUUAAACAGUAUUCAUGGAGUUUACUAAAAGAUACUGUCAGCUGAAAAGGUUUUGUGAACACCAGCUAUUGGUGAGAAAAAAUACACGUGCAAAUAAAAACUAAAUGUUUGCAUUUUC